UCUACCUUUCCCCUAAAAUGUUGGUGUUGAGUCAACGAGGUGCCCGGCCCGCCUUCACUCCUCAGUCUGUCCUCUGUUGUGUCUGUGGGACCUUCUCUCAUACUUUACCUGUUGUUAAAGAUGGCGGUACUUGCUCUACUCUUCCUCUGUUGUAUCGCCCAGAUCCAGGGACAGGCAUACCAACCUUACGGCACCCACGCGCCCCUGCCAAUCGUCACUCCUACAACCUCCACCGUCACUACUGAGACUACCCUGACCCACACUCUGCGGGAGACUACCACCUCUGACGUCUGGGUUACUGAGCAGACAGCGAUCACCCUGACGGUCACCCAGACAACCACACAAUGGGAGUUUGUUCCCCAGCAGCCACAGACGGUGACCUCUGUGAUAAGGGUCACCUCCACACCGGUAGUGUUUGUAACGGCUACGGUGGGGGUCUACCCAGUGAGCACAAUGGUCUCUGCCUACAGUCAGUUCGUCACCACAACAGAUACGGUUAAAUACUGGCAGACCAUCACCCACGUGGCUGUCACUCACGAGAUCCAGACAGUCCCUGUGGUAACUACACAAGAACUCUUCCAGGAAAUAGUAACUACCAUCACUCAAAUAGUAACCACUACAAUUACUUCCACCACCGCCAGAUACUAUGCUUAAUUUAUUGCAUGUCUUGACUGAUAUUAAAUCGCAUUAAUGAACUAAGAGCUUAAAUUAGCUCGAGCAUUUUGUAGUUUUUUUCUUUGAUAACUGUUAGAUCUGCCCUACUGUUGGGGCAUAAAAUAGUUAUGCCGAAGACUGUUACUACAGAACACUUAAUAAUUUACACUUGUCUCUACACAAGCAGGUACUCGCUAUGGUAAAAAAUCUCAUGAAAUGAAGUCUGACAAUGACUUAGAAAAAAAAGCUUAAUAAAAUAAAUGCCCCUUGAAUAAGUUUUACCAUGAUUGCAUUAAAAAUGAUAAAGAAAUGUCUUCCCCCCCCCUCCCCCCCCCUUUACUUUUCUACUAGUAAACAUUUCGGUAAUAUCUGGGUGAAGAGUUGGACGAACGUGGUUGGGAACAUAAUCGGAAAUACGGCAUUCUGUACAUGCAGAAAUAAAAAAUUGAUGGUUUAAA